AUAUCCAUUACUUGAUACAUAACCAAUUCUAGAUAUAGUCUGAUGAAACAUUCGUCUUAGCUUCCGAAACCGAUUCUAGAUAUAGUUAAGCAUAUACUCGGUUUAUCAAUAUAAACCAACCGGUUCGGUCCAAGUUGGAGAACACACCUCUGAAACAUAGAUGUGUUUGGUCGGCUAUUAGUCAAAGCUGCUCACUUUCCCUAUAAAGAAGCAAAGCUCCCACCUUUUAAUGGCUUCUUCUUGUUUCCUUCGUCAGAUUCUCUUCUCUUCAUUACCCACUAAACUUCCACCUCGAUCAGAUCCUCUAUCACCAAAGAAACUGUCUUGUUCUUCUCCUUUUACUGCGUCUUUAUCGGUUUCAUCGAUCGGGAGAUUAACUAAUAGUCGGAGAAAGUUAUCAGAAGUGAAGAGCAUGUCUACAGAAAAAGGUAAAGAGGAGAAGAAGAGAGUGGAGAUCUUUGACACAGAGGAGAACUUAGCGGUUGAGUUAGCCAAAUACACAGCAGAUCUCUCCGACAAGUACUGUAAGGAGAAAGGAGCUUUCACCGUCGUUGUCUCCGGCGGUUCCUUAAUCAAAUCUCUCCGGAAGCUAGUAGAGGUUGGUUCAAUAGAUUGGUCCAGGUGGCAUUUUUUCUGGGUGGACGAGAGAGUUGUCCCUAAGCAUCAUGAAGACAGCAACUACAAACUUGCUUACGAUGCCUUCCUCUCCAAGGUUCCCAUUCCUCCUGGAAACGUAUACGCUAUCAAUGAUUCUCUCUCACCCGAGGCAGCAGCGGAGGAUUACGAGACGUGUCUCAAGCAUUUGGUUCAGACCGGUGUCAUCCGCGUGUCUGAAUCAACCGGCUUUCCGAAGUUUGAUCUCAUGCUUCUUGGUGUGGGACCUGAUGGCCAUGUGGCGUCACUGUUCCCAGGGCAUGGUCUGUGUGGUGAGGAGAAGAGAUGGGUGGGGUUUGUUACUGACUCUCCGAAGCCGCCUUCUGAGAGAAUCACCUUCACGUUUCCGGUUAUUAACUCCUCUGCGCAUGUAGCUUUGGUGGUUUGCGGUUCUGGGAAGGCUGAAGCAGUGGAGGCGGCUUUGAAGAAGACUGGGGAUGUACCUGCGGGUUGUGUUUCUGCUGAGGAGGAGCUUGUUUGGUUUCUUGAUAAACCGGCUUGUUCUAAGCUGUGAUGACCGGUGUUUUGAAAACUUUUCAGUGUGAGUGGACUAGUCCGGUUUGCUUUUUGGUUUGUUGGGACUGGUUCUCUCUGUUUGGUUUUCUGAGAGAGAGGCUGUGUUGUAAUAAUAAAAAAAGAGAAUAAGAGGGGGUUGAAUGCAAUGCAACCUAGUUAGUGGUUUCUACAACAGAACAAAAGAUAUUUUUCUAAA